AUGAGGGCUAUCGUAACAGAUAAGAGAGAUCGAGAAAGAAAAAAUGAGGGUGAAGGGGAUGACGGCGUUUUGAAAGAGAGAAUGAUAGGUCGAACCGGGUCGGGUCGGGUCUGUACUGGACUGGGCUGGUUCGGGUCGGGUCUGGUCGGUCUGGGCCGGACUGGGCUUACUGGGCCGGGACAGCUCGGGUCUGGCACUGGGUCGCGGGCGCUAGACCUCGGGUGCACGCGCGUGGGUCUCCUAUGCCUGGGAGGACUAGGCGCGCGGAUAGCUUGCAUCCCAGAUAAGGUCCAUGUCCAAAGAAGGCAUUCUGCUCAACUGUACAGCUUCAUCACUUUUCUUCAUCUCAUCAAUAAUAUUUCUCGACUCCAACUCCAACGCCGGCCCUUCCACACCAUUAUUCAUCUUAUUAUCCACGAACUUUUUCGAGAUCUUGGCCGCGAUACUACUAUUAGUCCUCGACCUUGCCUUGAUUUGGUGCUUGAGGUGAGGAAAAUUGAGCUGCGCAUAAUCGCCUCUCAAAAUAUAAGCUGCCGUGUCGUAUGCAAAAGCGGCUUCGUUCGCCGUGUCGAAAGUCCCCAACCAAACCCUCGUCCGCUUUCGAGGCAGCCGUAUUUCGGCCACCCAUUUCCCCCACUGCCUUUGUCUCACUCCUCUGUACAGCUUCUUAUUAUUCCCUUGAGGUUCAGUUUCUGGACUACUCUUCAAUCCGUAGCUAAUUAUGUUUGUCAACUCAUUAAUUGGUUUGAUAGGGUGUUUGGAUUCGACUUGAUUGGAGAUGGAGAAGGACGGGUUUUCAAAACAGAUGAAGAAGUUGGGAGAAAAGUGUUUGCGUUUGAGGUGCCAGAAUUGAUGGUGAAGCCGGAUGGAAGCAAAGAGUGUGGCUGA